CCAACGUUGAAUAGUGUUGAGCUGAGAAUGUAUGAAAAUAAAAGAGGAAGAGAGUUCGCACAAAAAAUAUUUGAAAAAAAUAUUAUGGUUUAAUGCUACACGGUACGAUAUCAACGGUUUAGUGAACAUCAAGAGCUCACGGUUAAUACACGCGAUAGAGCCAGUGUGUUUCUGACGAACAUUGCGCUCUUACUUUUAAACCUGAAAAUCGUAUCGUUUGCAUAUCGCGAAUGAAGUAUGUUUUUGAUUUACACCAACGGCCAAUAAAGUUCAGUGAACAAGAAAAGAAAUGAAAUAAAAAAAAGAAUGAAUUAUGCGUGGGAAAUGAAGUGUUAGAGUUUAAAUUAAACACUUUUCGUGUGUUGGAAAAAUGUGAAAAGUGAAAUUCAAAUUACGAUUGACGUUCAUUAAGUGAAUAAAGCAAAAAAAAUAAAUCAACAGACUGUGCAAUAAAAGCCAAAUAUUGGAUUAAUGUUCCGUUUUAUUGAGAGCGAAAGAGAUUUAUUUUUGAAAUUUAAGUUCAAUAUUUAAUGGUUCCGAUACAUAUAUCCGACAAACUGUGUACCAUCUCAUUUGGAUUGAAGUGUGUUAAUCGGUUUGACUUUAUACCUCUUUUGAAGGUUUGGUUCGAAAUUUUGCAGCAAUAAUGUAUACUGAAACCUUAAGUCGAUAAAAACACUUUGUUUGCUCGUAAAACCAUUUAUCCCUUUUUCCCUAAUUGAAGUCAGUCCAUUUUAUGACAUACAAUUAAAGUCUAGGCAGUGGCGACUCUCUGACAUUCUUUUGUUUUAUAACUAUUGGCUUAACUUCUUUUACCCUAAUAAUAACAUCCUUUUGUUUUUCACUUUACUUAUAUUUCAAUAUGAGAACAUAUGCAAAUUCAUGUUGUGAACCAAAAUUUCAAUAGGAAGUCCUGGUAUAUGACUAACUUCUUAAUAUUGCGUUUCGGCCGCAGGUACUUCCUAACAAAUAAAUUUCUAUUUUCAAUUCAAUCAUUAAACCUGAACAUAUUCUCUAAAUCGAAAAUUACGUUCAAUACAUGUUCGAUUGUAUAGAUACCAUCGAUAAUAAGUAGUCUCUAUAUUACGUUACUUUUCAUUGUAAUAAUUGAAAUGCGUACUUUGAUUUGAAAAUUAUUUUUAUUUUUCCGAGCUUUACGUAAUAUGUAAGCGAUUCGGCAUCUACUUCCUACAAUACAAAGCCUGACCUACAUAACAGUGUAUUUAAUUUACACUGAAUUUUUUGAAAUCUAAAUUUUCUUUACUUUACUUACUCCCAAUAUAUUCUGACCGACGCAGCACGCAACCACAAUUUUAAGCCGAUCAUAAUUUAAAGAAAGUGAUCGACUCUGAAUUAAUACCUUUAUUCAGUGAUCUAUUCCAAAUGAAAGUAAUGAAUUGAUGGACAUUAAACAACUGCUUCCAGCGAAAAUAACAAUUUCCGAUCUUUUUUAUAAUUUUUGCCUUAUUAAAUUGCCAUUUGUAUCCAAACGUUUCUUGUCAACAUCACUUAAUCAGUCGGAUGUAAUUAUUAUUCAUCUAUUAAAUCAAUUAUUCCACUUCCAUACUUUGCAUAUAUGAAAUGAUUUUUUUUCUCUUAAUUACAAAAAAACUCAUCUGCAAUUUCGAACCGUCUUCGUAUGUUGGAAACAAUAUCCUCUUAACACAUUUUUCUCAGGCCAAUUACAAACAACAAAAUUGAUUAAAAAGUGUUUUUUUCUUCGUUUGGAGAAUGACGAAUUUCUUCUCAUCACUGAGAACGACGAUUAUUUUUACAAUGAAGUAAAAGUGUUUAAUUAAGUAAAAAUAGUGAAACUUACAUUUUUUUGCAAAACUGCAUUACAACAAUGAUCGAAUGAUGCAAAAUCAGAGUUCUUACAAAUUGGUGCAUGAAAACUGUAGGCGCGUCUUCAAUUGCAAUGAAGCCGAUGAGGAUUGCACGGAUCACGCCGUACCGGGAAUACCAAAAAUGGAACUGAUGAAUUUGGAUUAUUUGGGACGAGUUCGGACUAGAAGCAAUGGAGUUAUAAUAAUGCCAAAAACUCGGAUGCAAUUGAUGUCUGCGUACAAGAUACCUGAUUAUAGAAAUAAAAGUAAGGCAAAUGACCAUGCGGAUAACGAGGUCAGGCAAGAAACACCGAAAAGUAAAAUUGAUAAAUUAUUUCAAAAUUCAUAUAAUUAUCCACUAAAAUAUGCGAUCUACAAAAAGCACAACCGUAGUGAUUUAAAGAAAUUUGAACAAUUGGGGCUUUCGGAUGAUGAUGAUGGUGUUAAAUUGAAAUUGGACUCUGCUAAACGAAAGAACCGGGUCGACAAUAUUCAAUUUUAUUUCGAUAGCAAAGGGUAUGAAAAGCAUGUGGAUAACAAAAUCUAUGGAAUCAUUGCGGACAAGGUGACCGAAGAAAAUUCGAAAAGUUGGAGUUUUAAAAAGACUUGGAAUCGGAAAAUCAAAACUCCAGACUAUAAGCCAGUAAUAAAGGCCAGUCAGAGUAAGAUCACUUCGAACAACUUGUCCCGAAUUAACCAAAUAUUUUCCGAAGCAAGACAGGAAACUGUUAAAAAUGACAUCGAUGUAACUGCUGGUUCGUUGAAGAAAAUCAAGAAGCUGGAAGAUAAUUUCGAGAAUCGAUGUUCUUGUGAUGAGCUCAAAUUUGCGUUGAAGCACAGGACACCAUCACAGAUGCAUUUAUACGAAGUACCUAAUCAUGAGAAAUCCACUCCGGCUCGAGAUUUUCUGCAUGAUUCUAAAAAACUGGACAAUGAAAACUGUAACAGUUUUGCCCCGAGAAAGAAAUCUUAUGCAAAGCAGAUACACAACGUUGAGGAUCAUGUGCAACGAAAAUAUUUCGAAAAGAAAGUUGACGAUGAUUGCUGUAAAUUUUCCAUACAAAAGCAUGUGUCUUCUGAUUCUGACUAUGACUCUGGGCAUAAUGAAAGUGAUUAUGCGUGUAAGAAGAUUUCUGACGAUUAUCCGGAACCAGAUUAUGAUACAUUGAAGACGAAAUCUCACGAUAAGUUCAGUAACUUGAAAAAUUUCAUUAGUCAGAAGCCAUACAAAGAGUUACAGGCGCCACUAUCUCAACAUAAAUUUUCCGAAAGCAAUCAGAACCUAAACAAUUCAAUCAAAUCCAAACACGUUCAUAAGGACGAUUUCAAUUCGAAAACAAUCGAAAAAGUAAGCAACACACAAGUCGCUGACAGAAAAUCAACGUACACUUCAUCGAAAAUACCCAAACCACUUGCAAAGACUCAAUCAAAAUCAAUAGAAACGCUAGACUCAGACACAUCUUCAUCGCUAACAAAUCAAAAGAGUAUUAGCAAACUUUUCCCAUCCAAACUGGGUUGCGAUGGUGCUAUAUUUUGGAAUGAUUGUUAUUAUUACGACGAGCAUACAUGUUGCAAUUGCCAAUCAACACAAUUGGAUGAUUCUGGUUGCACCGCUGAAUCUUAUAUGUGUGUUUGUGAUAUCAUACAGGGAGAUGGUAUCAAUACAAGGCCACAUUCAAUGGAAGGACCCAUGGAUUCAGGUAUAUCAGUUAGUGGUGAUACGAUUUCCAGUCCAGACAGCGAUAUAUCUCUACAACAUCAAUCUGACCUUGAAGCACGACGCUUGAAGCGCGGUCAUGUCUUGGCAGAACUUUUGGAGACCGAACGAAUUUAUGUCAGUGAAAUGGGAUCGAUAUUGAAAGGAUAUCGUGAUCAAAUGGUGUCGGAUGAUAUGGCCUCGUUAGUACCACCUGGUCUAGAAGGCAAAGAGGACGUACUGUUCGGAAAUUUAAACGAAUUGUAUUCGUUCCACAAUGACAUAUUUUUGAAGGAUUUGGAAAAUUGUAUAUCCACAACAGAAUUGGUGGCGUUAUGCUUUGUACAAAGGCGCGAUACAUUUUAUCGAUUGUACUCGUAUUAUUGUCAAAAUAUUCCACGAUCCGAAAGACUUAGAGAGACAUUGGUCGACACACAUCUGUUCCUGCAGGAGUGUCAGAAACGCUUAGGGCAUAAAUUACCUUUGGCCGCAUAUCUUCUCAAACCCGUCCAAAGAAUUACCAAAUAUCAGUUGUUGCUCAAAGAUUUGCUGAGAUUCACUGACAGUGGUACCUGCGCCAAGGAAUUACAAAAGGCCCUGGACUGUAUGUUAAUUGUACUGAAAUGUGUAAACGAUUCAAUGCAUCAAAUCGCAAUCACAGGUUUUCCGGCCGAUCUCACGCAACAAGGCGAACUUCUGCUCCAAGACUCUUUUCAAGUGUGGACCGAAAGCAAGAAAGAUCUCCGAUUGCGUUUAAAAACUCAGCAGAGACAUAUCUUUCUGUAUCAAAAGGCGAUGCUGUUCUGUAAACAAGCUGCUAAAACGGCUCACAGCAAGAGCACUUAUCAAUUCAAACAUCAUCUGAAAAUGUCGCAAAUCGGUUUAACUGAGUCCGUGCGUGGAGAUUCACGACGGUUCGAGGUGUGGCUACAAGGACGCCAAGAAGUGCAUACGUUCCAAGCGCUAACAAUUGAAAUCAAAAACAAGUGGGUGUCUGAAAUUAAACGGGUCUUGCUAAACCAAUUGGAAGAAUUGAAGGGAGAAAAGAUCAAGCAGUACGGUCUUCCACAUAGAACACUGCGACAGACUGUUUCGUGGGAUGUACCUAUGUCCGGUGGAUCGACACCACAACGUACGAAGAGCUGUGACACAAGCGAAAUGAAUAAUCGAUUAUCACACAUUAGCGAUGAGGGCCAAUCGGGAAUAAGCACCGGUGAACACGAAAAUCACGAGGGUGGUGCCUGGAGCUCAGAUUAUUCAAACAGUGAAGACGAAUUUACGAGUCAUGAGGAUGAAGUGUUGCCGGGCACUAGAUAUGUAUCGCUGGCAGAUUAUUGUGGCGUCGGCCACUCCGAGGUGUCAAUAAAAGAAGGUGACACUGUGGAAUUAUUGAAAGUGGGUUGUGCUGGCUGGUGGUUCGUUAAAGUUUUAGAUUUUAAUGUUGAAGGCUGGGCACCAGCAGCAUACCUAGAACCAAUUAACAAAACAUCGUUCAAGAUAAACAAUUGAGUCUAAUGUUCUCGGAAUUUUUCAAUAAACUUUGUUGUACCUAAAAGAAACACUCUCAACGUCAAAUAUUUAUUAACCUAGUUCUAGGCGAUAAGAAUUAACAAAUUAAUGAAUUAAUUAAUAACUUUGGACUGCCAUCAAUGUUGCAAUAUUUAAAUGUAAGUUAACAGAACGUAUAGUAUUUAUUCAUUCAACAUUUUCAUCAAUUCGACAUCCAAAAAAACAUAAAAAUUAUCAUUCAAUGGAAUCAGAAUGGAGUAUUAUAUGAAGUACAUAGAAAACAUCGCUCAUUACAAUCUAAUAGAGUUUUUGGUUAUGAAAAUGUUUUUUUUUUGUAUCUCAAUCAUUGUAUUUAUUUAGCGUAGAAAUCAAAAUUGUUAUAGAAUCGCUUUGAUAUGCACACAUAAAUGUAGUGUCCCAAGGUCCCAAGAUAAUAUUGAAAAAAAAGACAAAAUCAAUCACUAAAGUAUUGUUAAAAGUUUGCAUUUAAAUUAUUGAAAUAAACAUUUCGCUAUUUAAAAAAA